GUCUGUUGUAUCGGAGUAGAUUUCUGUAUGCCACAAAGGCGUGAAUACUAACUACGUGGGGGUACAAUGGUACAUCAACCACCUUAGACCAUUUCAAGUCAAUUGCAAGGCCUGUCAGAUCAGCGAUCAUAGCACAAGGGUGCUCGGGAAGGUCUCACACACGCGAGCACGAAGAUCAACCAUUACGCAAAUGAGCUCGACGAACUACUGAUAGCUCAGCCGUGCCAUGCUACAGUCUCUCUCUAUUCAAGCCCAGGCUGCCCAGGAAUUGAAUGGGGUCUUUUGGUCUUGUUAUAGCGCAAUAGGUUCUACAAAACCCUUGUGAUCUGCAGAUCCUAUCUGCUCCUCAGCAAGUGUCUGUAUUUGCGAGCAACGGUAGAGGUAGGAUCUUCGAGGCGACGAACCGCUAUGUCUUGCUGGUCACCGCCGUCUUUACCGUUUCCGCUGCCUUCGCUAUGUCUGCAGAGGGUAAGGUAACGUUUCAAUAUCCAGUUCUCGUAUUUUUGUAUCCUUCUACCGGGCGCAACGCUCUUCCUCUCAUCUCUACACACCUCACACCCUUCGCUAUUUGAUGUUGUCAUCUUCGUCGUUGAAUGUUUUGCCUUUCUGCAGAGACAGUCGACUGCCUUUGGCAUACGGGCAAGUUCCACCUAUUCAAACUCCUACGGAGAGCUCCUUGCAGUUUUUUGCCUGGUUCCCAAUGCACCAGGUACUGAGAUAUCAUCGCCGGUGAGCUCUGGAAAUGUUGUGCUGACAGGAAGCACGGGAGUUGGUUUGGCAUACACGUCGUCGUCGUCGGACAUUCUAUACGAAGUGAACGAAUCGACCGACACCAGCAUGUGCAAGAACAAUGAGUGCGUACACUGGUACCUGUAUCUUUUCACUGACGAUGAUGAUGAUGACUACAAGUACUAUAGAGAAUGAGGCAACCCUGCUGGAAACCUUCGGCACAAAUCAGCAUCCGACAGUCAUCCACCCAGCCACCGCUCUUAUCCAGAGCUACCUGAACCAAUGCCCAACGCGCGGAAAGCCGGGAUAGUCCUACUUCCAAGCUUCCCUCUCGCAGCCUCGCAUAUGGCAGACCUUGAUUAGGUAUUCUGCUGGUGGAAGCGCACGAAGAGUCUAGACUGGUAAGGUUGUUGGUUUCAGUGGUUCCUGACCACCUUCUUUUUGCCCGUUUCCCUCUUACUUUUCCCAUUGUCGGUGUGGCUUCCCAGUGCUACCACACUCGGGACGCUCACUGCCAUUGCUUGCGCAUCAGAAAGAGGAGGUUGUACGACUGGUGCUGCUGGAACUGCUGCUGCAGCUGCAUAGCGGGUCGGAGCGGUCUCGCGCACAUCAGAAAAAGGAAGGCCAACCAAGUCCACCACCACUAUACAAUCGAAGAAUAGGUAGCGGUGCUAUGCACGCUCCAAACGCUGUGCGCCUGCGCGUAGUAACGACCAUAUUUCUGGCACUCGGCGCGGUUCCAACACUGGCACAAUAUGUGGAGAACUUUACCGGAUCGCUACAGAUUGUCAAUGGGCAGGGAACAUACAGCGGGACAUCAUCUGGGGGCAGUGGAGGUUGGAGCGAAAGCGGAUCACCAGCAGUACAAGCACAGUGUCCAGCGAAUUUCCCAGUGACCUGUUCGAGCAUACAAAAGCCAGAUUACUGCUGUCCGGCCAACAACUACUGUGCCUGGCAAGACAGUGUUGUCGCGUGCUGUCCGAAUGGCAAAGUUUGCUCGGGCUUUGCACAGCCGAUCACGACUGUAUGGCAACAGCAGCCGCCUGCUACCGUCGUAGUGGUAGGAGCACCAUCGAAGCCGGAGGGCUAUUUUGGCCAAUAUUGCAAGACACUGGUUGCUGUCGGACCUGGAUUACCUACCACUGAGGCGGGAGACUGCGGGACGAUAUUGAUUGUCGAGGGAGAUGCCAUCCGGGCGACUGUGAUCAACUGGAUAUAUGCGAUAGGAAUGGUUGUUGGGCUGCAAAUCUUGGGCGGACUGGUCUUCAUGAGGCGGUAGGAACAGGAAGAGCGAGCCGGGCUCUGGAGGAUCUUAUAAUGAAUUUAUGCAACCACAACAGUCAUGGGAGAAGUGGUCGAUGCGACUCUCGUUGGUGUAUGUAGCAGCACUAUCCUGCACACACGUGCUGUGAAUAAUGAUAAUCCCGCAGGCAUCACGCCAUGGAAGCUUGAGAG